UAACUAUCUUUUAAAAUCUGCUCCUAAAUUUUUCGGCUCCUACUGGGUUUUCCUCAGGAUGAUUUCACCACCCCAUCCCCAGUCUCCCAGGGACACCACGGUAUGCCCAGCUGGAACACUGGCUCCUAGGAGGUUGUCUAAUAAGUACGUAUAGGCUGAAUGAAUGAAUCUCUGGGACCUCUACAACUCGGUAAAGAUAUCAUGGGCUUUUACAUCCGUCCUCACAACCCGGAGAUCACUAAUGCAAAGAACGAAGGGUCGGAUGGGGGCCCUGGGAAGCUCGCGCGCCACCGAACGCGGAUCCUCAGCCGAAGUUGGGACUAAGGUUCCCGGCUUCCAGAAAACGUGCAUCACAAGGUCAUUAAAUGUUUCCCCAUCUGCAAAAUCGUCAAGAAAAGUAGUGGAAAAACAAAGCGGGGAACCGCAAAUCUCGGAGCCUAACCCGGGUCAAUCCCUGGUGGGGAAAAGAGAAGAGCGCACUGGAGACACCAGACGACCAGCGCUCCUGAAGAGGAAAGACUCUCGCCGCUAAAGAACCCAGGGUGGGAAGACUCGCGAUGUUUGGGGGUCGUGAUCUCGCUGCGUUGCCUAGUGACAGGAGGACGCUACCGGGCCCCCAGGCUAAACCCCGCUGUAGCCUUAAAUCUCCUACCAUGGGGGAAGAAGGCGGCGGCCGCAGCUGUGGGACCACUAGGGAGCUGCAGAAGCUGAAGCAGCAGGCGAUGGAGUACUACCGGGAGAACGACGUUCCGCGCAGGCUGGAAGAACUGCUCAACUCCACCUUCUACCUCCAGCCUGCCGACGUCUACGGGCACCUGGCAAACUGUUUUUCUAAACUUGCUAAGCCUCCCACCAUCUGCAAAAUAAUGGGGAAAAGUGUUCUGGAUGGACUUGGGCUUCCUACCCUGCAGGUGGAAGUAUUCUGCACCAUUCAAAAUUUUCACAAGAGCAUCUGUUCUGUGAUGGUCCCUACGUACUUUGAAGUCCAUGAGAAUGCUUUGCCUGAGCUGGUGGAGGCCGAGGGAGAAGAAAGGAACCUGGCAGUGAGCACUGCUGUGCAGUGGGUCAAUGAGGCCAUCACUCAGGAAUUGCAGGGCCUGGUGCCCUCCAACCAGGCUGAUGUGGAUUGCACGCUCAGGACAUUCUUUGCAAAUAAAGUGCAAGAAGAUAAGCAGAGAAAAGAAUUGGAAAAGAGCCAGGAAGACUCGGCAGGCCCCAUACCACCACCUCAGACACUCCCACCCCCUCCUCCGCCUCCUACCAAAAAGAAAGGGCAGAAGCCAGGAAAAAAGGAUUCUCUUGUAGAGAAACCUAUCGCACCUGCAGAACCUGCUGAGCCAGUACUCUGUGGCAGUAUGGCCAUAGGGGCUGUGUCACUAGCUGUCGCCAAGACCAGUGCCAUUCUGGGCAGCAAUCCUCUGUACCUGAACAUUGCGUUCCUGAAGCACGGUCAGGAGCAGUCAUCAACACUGACUGUACCUUUGAUAAUGGCAUCUGUGGUCAGCUGUGGGAAGUCAUCACCUGGGAAGCUAAAUUUAAUGAAAGAAGUGAUUUGCAUACCCCAUCCUGGAUUAACAACUAAACAAGGCAUGGAGAUGCUUCUGGAGAUUCAGAAACAAAUUAACAAAACACUGGAAGUGCCCCCUCCUCCAAAAGCAGAGAACAAAAAAGGACAUAAUGGAAACAAAAGAGGUCAACAGUCACUCACUGGUAGGAUGUCGCAUCUUGGCUGUUUAACCCUUAGCUGUGACACCGUAGAACAGCCACUGCUUCUACUACAGGGUGUCUGUGCAAACUUGGAGCUAGAACUGGGAACACAUCUGCAUCUGGCCAUCAACUGUGCUGGACAUGAGCUGAUGGACUACAGUAAAGGAAAGUACGAAGUACUGACAGGUACCCACAAAAGUGCAGCAGAGAUGGUCGACCUGUAUGUGGAGCUGGUCAACAAGAACCCUUCCAUCAUUGCUUUAAUUGAUCCUUUCAGGAAGGAGGAUUCAGAACAGUGGGACAGCCUCUAUAAUGCCCUUGGUUCCAGGUGCUACAUAAUUGCAGGAAAGGCAUCCAAAAGCAUUUCUAAACUUCUAGAGCAUGGAAACAUCAGCAUCCCCAGAUCCCAUGCGCUGAUCAUAACACAUACAAAUCAAACUACAGUGUCUGACUUGGUGGAAAUAACCAAUCUUAUUGACAGUACCAAGCACAUUGCCAUCCUUGGAAGUACAGAUGGAGAGUCCUGUGAUGACAGCCUUGUCGAUUUGGCCGUUGGACUUGGUGUCCGGUUCAUUAAGUUGGGGGGUCUUUCUCGCGGUGAACGGGUGACGAAGUACAACCGUCUUCUCACCAUAGAGGAAGAACUUGUGCAGAAUGGAACACUGGGUUUCAAUGAAGAACACAUCUUUUUUCACUUUAAUGAGGAUGCUGAAAAGGUGCCUGAAGCUGCUGGUGCUGCAGCUGGUGAGCUGCCUGGGCUUCUGGAGCCCAUCUUCCCCACAGAGGUUGUGGAACAAUCAGCCCAAUCAUAAGCACAUUCUGUAUGGGACGUACCCCGGGACAGAGCCAUACCACGUGUAUUAGACUGGUAGGUGUAAAGUCUGUCCCUCUACUGGCUCUGCACUUAAAUUGCAUUAAUUCAGGUGUUUUCCAUUCUUGUAAUUUCACUGUUUGGUAAAACAUGUAAUAUUUUUUGCCUGAUUCUGUGAGCUUUUUUAUAGUCCUCACAUUUCUAGGGGGACAUUACCUGUACUGUGCACUUCGCAAUGAUCUAGUUUUUCUAGAGGUAGUUAUUUUGGUUGCCAACUCUACAGUAUCUUGUCCUUUGUAAGUCGGAAAUCAACAAAACAGGAGCUAAUUUCUACAAGAAGCUUUCAGUGCCAGGAACAGGUGUCUGGCUUCUAUGUUCUGAGAUGCAGAGAUGUGUUUUUGCAGCCAACCUGAUGCCGCUGGUGACAAGAGUAUCACUAUUUUUUUUAAAAAGAACUUCAUCUUAUUUUCCUACGCUUGAUUUCCUUUUUUCCUGAUGUCAUUUUAUAUUUUAGAUUUUCUUAUUUUUAUCUUUGUGAGUUUCCUUACAUCAUUUUAGAACAAGAAAAGAUAUAAAUAAGCAAAUCGGUGAAAUAAAUACUCUUCAGGUUACUACAUG